UACAUAAAUAUAUAUUGUACAUGUCUGUGUUUGUGCGUUUAAAUAAAGAAAGGAAAAGGAUUAACGUAGCAUCAGCAGAAUGUCGGAAAUGCAGCAAUUUUAUAAAGACAAAAUCAUGUUGCUAACUGGCGGCAGUGGAUUCUUGGGCAAAGUGAUCAUUGAGAAGCUGCUGCGCACCACAGAGGUGAAGCGUAUCUAUGUGCUGCUCAGGGCCAAGCGCGGCCAGGAGAUCCAGGAGCGCUUUGUGUCCUGGGAGAGCGAUCCAGUCUUCGAUAUACUACUGAGAACCCAGCCCAAGGCCAUGCAGCGUGUGACGCCCAUUAGAGCCGAUUGCCAGUCGUCCGAUCUGGGUCUCAGUGCCGCCGAUCGGCGGCUGCUGAUUGAGGAGGUGCAACUGGUGCUGCACGGCGCUGCCACAGUGCGCUUCACAGAGCCGCUGCACAUAGCGCUGGCCAUCAAUACGCGAGCCGCGCGGCUGCUGCUGCAGCUGGCCAAGCAAAUGCAGCGCCUGGAGGCCUUUGUGCAUGUCUCCACGGCCUACUCCAACUGCGUGGUGGAGAAAAUCGAGGAGAAGUUCUAUCCGGAGCAUCUGACCUGCUCGGCGGACAAGGUGCUGGAGCUGAGCGAGUCGCUGGACGCUGAGCUGAUAGACAACAUGGCACCCGCGCUGAUGGGCAGAUAUCCCAACACCUACACCUACACCAAGGCGCUGGCGGAGCAAGUGAUGCAGCGGGAGGCGGGCGACGUUCCCGUGGGCAUCUUUCGACCGGGAGUUAUCAUUGCCAGCUAUAAGGAGCCCAUGCCGGGCUGGAUCGACAAUCUGUACGGACCCAUUGCCGUGCUGUAUGGCGUGGCCUUUGGCGUGCUGCGCAUCACGCGACUCAAUGUGAAGGCACAGGCGGGCAUUGUGCCCGUGGACUACUCAGCCUGCAUGGCACUGGCCACGGUCUGGCACACGGCCAUAGAGGCCAAGCCGCAGGGGGAUCCGGCCAUCUACAACUUCACGCCCAGCGAGGAGAACCUCAUCACCUGGGGCGACUUUCGCGACAAAGCCGAAAAUCUGGUGCACAGCUAUCCGCUGAGCAAGAUGAUGUGGUGUCCAUUUCUGCACUGCACCACCACCCCCUGGCUGUUUAGACUCGUGGCCUACUUCUACCAUCUGCUGCCGGGCUAUGCCAUCGAUGUGGUGCUGCGUUUGCGUGGCCAGAAGCCGCGCAUGAUCAAACUCUAUGGGAAAAUACACAAAAACAUCAACAUCCUGGCACCCUUUGUGGACACCACGUGGAAGUUUGAUACGACCAACACGCAGCGGCUGUGGCAGCGCAUGUCCUCGCUGGAUCACAGCUUGUUUGACUUUGACAUGCGCGGCAUCAACUGGGACGAUUACUUUCUGCACGCGCUGUCCGGCAUUCGCAUUUACUUGGGCAAGGAGCAGCCCACCACCAUAGGCAGGGGCAAGCAGAUACUCUGGCGCUUUCAGGUCUUGCAUCGCAUUUUGCAGCUGACUUUGUGCAGCGUCGCUGCGGCUCUCUUGUGGUCUCUGCUUAAGCUCCUAGCUGCCUAGGGAACACACACACACCCUCCACACACACACACAAAUCGUAGCUUAA